UCCUUCUCAAGGUGUCCAAGACACACAGGGCCACAGAAUCUCACAGGUGUCUGAGAAUUCCUCCUCCUGGGACUCUCAGAGGAUCCAGAACUGCAGCCGGUCCUCGCUUUGCUGUCCCUGUCCCUGUCCAUGUAUCUGGUCACGGUGCUGAGGAACCUGCUCAGCAUCCUGGCUGUCAGCUCUGACUCCCCCCUCCACACCCCCAAGUACUUCUUCCUCUCCAACAUGUGCUGGGCUGACAUCGGUUUCACCUCGGCCACGGUUCCCAAGAUGAUUGUGGACAUGCCGGCGCAUAGCAGAGUCAUCUCUCAUGCAGUCUGCCUGACACAGAUUUCUUUCUUGCUCCUUUUUCCAUGUAUAGAAGGCAUGCUCCUGACUGUGAUGGCCUAUGACUGCUUUCUAGCCAUCUGUUGCCCUCUGCACUACCCAGUCAUCGUGAAUCCUCACCUCUGUGUCUUCUUCGUUUUGGUGUCCUUUUUCCUUAGCCUGUUGGAUUCCCAGCUGCACAGUUGGAUUGUGUUACAAUUCACCAGCAUCAAGAAUGUGGAAAUCUCUAAUUCUGUCUGUGACCCCUCUCAUCUUCUCAAACUUGCUUGUUCUGACAGCGUCAUCAAUAGCAUAUUCAUAUAUUUUGAUAGUACUAUGUUUGGUUUUCUUCCCAUUUCAGGGAUCCUUUUGUCUUACUAUAAAAUUUUCCCCUCCAUUCUAAGGAUGUCAUCGUCAGAUGGGAAGUAUAAAGCCUUCUCCACCUAUGGCUCUCACCUAGCGGCUGUUUGCUGAUUUUAUGGAGCAGGCAUUGGCAUGUACCUGGCUUCAGCUGUGUCACCACCCCCCAGGAAUGGUGUGGUGGCAUCAGUGAUGUACGCUGUGGUCACCCUCAUGCUGAACCUUUUCAUCUACAGCCUGAGAAACAGGGACAUACAAAGUGCCCUGCGGAGGCUGCACAGCAAAACAGUCGAAUCUCAUGAUCUGUUCCAUCCUUUUUCUUGUGUGAGUGAGAAAGGGUAACCACAUUAAAUCUCUACAUCUGCAAAUCCUGCCCCUUAGUCACAUUAUUUUUGUGGCUUGAUGGCUUUUAUUCCUUUCCGCAUUUCCUUUGUGAAUAUUGCUUUCUUCUUUAUGCCUUUAACUGGAAUGGGUGAGGAUUCUGGGAUCCUUGGUUUAUCAGAAACCUCAUGACAGAAUCCUCCAUACCUAGGCGGCCUCUUUUAGUCUCUGAGCAAUAACCUUGUCAUCCAGGUGGAAUCACAACCAUCACUUUAUAUACACGAAGUCCUCACUUCGUUUCGGAAUUCCCUGAAAACUGACUUUAUGGAAACAAUGUACAGAAGGUCCUCCAACACAACUCGUUGUUCAAAGUUGUGUAGUUAUACUGUUGAUGAAAAAUAAGUGGUUUCACUAUACAUAAUUUUGCUUCAAGGUGAAGUUUCCAAGAGACUUUCAAAGAUGUUAAGUGAGGACAUACUGUACAUCAAAUUCAUAUCCUCUUCCACAGUUCAUGUGGAAUUUCUUUAUAAACUGCUUCUAGAGAAUCUAUUUAGGCAGGUUCUGUGGAGAGAUCCAUGUCGCCGUUCCUCAAUCUUGGCUUUGAGUCAAAUCACCUGGGGAGCUUACGCAUGGUGAGGCCUGGGCCUCAAUACUUGAGAUUCUGAUUUCCUUGCACCUGUGUGAGUAGGUGGAUUUUUUUUUUUUUUCUUUUAAAGCACCAGACGUAGUUCCAAUGACGAAGAUUUUAGAGGCAUGAAGCUCCAAUGAAUAAGAACAGAAAUUAAUUGUAGUAUGAUUUCUUCAAAUAUUAUCUUCAAAUGCAUUGUCCAUCAACACCACACAAAUGUUUAUUAUGCUGUUUUUUCUUACCAUUUCGCAUUUUCUAUUUCCUUCUUGUCUUUUUUUUUUUUUUUUUUUUGAGUCAGAGUUUCACUCUUGUUGCCCAGGCUGGAGUUCAAUGGCACAGUCUCGGCUCACUGCAACCUCUGCCUCCCGUAUUCAAGCAAUUCUCCUGUCUCAGCCUUCCAAGUAGCUGGGAUUACAGGCAUGCGCUACCAUGCCUGGCUAUCUUUUUUUUUUUUUUUUUUUGUAUUGUUAGUAGAGACAGCGUUUCUCCAUUUUGGUCAGGCUGGUCUUGAACUCCCGACCUCAGGUGAUCCGCCCGCUUCUGCCUCCCAAAGUACUGGGAUUACAGGCAUGAGCGACCGCGCCCAGCCACCACUUAGCAUUUACAUUUUACAUUUGUUGAAGUUAUAGAUUUAUACACACAUCAAUUGCUGCUUUGUUAUACACUUGCAUAUACACAAGAUGGGAAAUAGAAAAGAAUAAAAUGGGCACAGUAUCCCUGAAGUUUCACAUUCCGAGACUUUAAAAAUAUUUGCUCUUUAGAAAUUUGUUUCAAUGAAGAAACUGUGGUAUACACACCCAGUGAAGUAUUAUUCAGCCUAAAGAGGAAGAAAGUCCUCUCCACUGCAGACAAAAUGGAUGAGAUUGCAGGUCUGUAUAUUAAAUGAAAGAAGCCAGGCACAGAAUGUCAAAUAUUUCAUAUCCUCACUUCUAUGUAGGAAGAAAAAAGGAAACCUUGGCCAGGAUUGGUGGCUCAGACCUGUAAUCCCAGCACUCUGGGAGGCUGAGUCGCACGGAUCACUUGAGUCCAGGAGUUCGAGACCCGCUUGGCCAACAUGGUGAAACGCCGUCUCUACGGAAAAAACAAACAAUUAGCCGGGCGUGGUGACGCAUGCCUCUAGUCUCAGCUACUCGGAGGGCUGAGGCCCAAGAAGCACUUGAACUAGGGAGGCGGAGCUUGCAGUGAGCCCGGAUUGUGCCUGUGUACUCCAAUCUGGGCAACAGAAAGAGACUCCAUCACACAACUACACAGAAAAGGAAUCUCAGGAAGGUGGAAAGUAUAAAGGUGGUUAGCAGACGCUAGGAAGAAAAGGGGUGGGAUGGGGAAUGAAGACAAGUGGAUAAUUGGGUCCCAAAAUACAGAAGGAUGGAAUAAGUGAAUUCUAGUGUUUGAUAGUACAGUGUGAAAAUUUUAGUUCUUGAAUAUUUCCAGAUGCUUUGGUAAGAAACUUCCUUUCUCAUUAUGCUGGUUUUUAAGCUCUUCUCUUUCUGCUCUUGAAGUCAUGCUGCUUUUUUUUGUUUGUUUGUUUUUUGUUUUGAGAUGGAGUUUCACUCUUGUUGCCCAGGCUGGAGUGUCAUGGUGCAAUCUUGGCUCACAGCAACCUCUGUCUCCUGGGUUCAAGCGAUUCUCCUGCCUCCACCUCCCGAGUAGCUGGGAUUAUAGGCAUGCGCCUGUAGUAGAGAUGGGGGUUUCUCCCUGUCGGUCAGGCUGGUCUUCAACUCCUGACCUCACGUGAUCCGCCCACCUCGGCUUCCCAAAGUGCUGGGAUUACAGGCGUGAGCGACCGCGCCAGGCCAUGCUGUAACCUUAUCUGUUGUCUGUUGUUGUUUGUUUAUUUUGGAGCCCAGAAAUAACUUGGUACCUGUAUGUUUAAAUGAUUUUUAACAUGAGUGGUAAGAAAGCUCAUUGGUGGAAAAACAGCUUUUUCAAGAAAUGGUGUUGGAGAAACUUGAUUUCCACAUGCAGAAGAAUGAAGGUGGACCCUAUGUCACACCAGGUGCAAAAAUUAACACAAACUGGAUCAAAGACCUCACUCCAAGCUCUAAAAGAAUCAUUCGCCUAAAGGAAAACAUUGGCCAUGCUUUCAUGACAUCAGAUUGGGCAAUGUUCUCUGGGAUAUGACACCAAAAGCAUAGGCAACAAAAGAAAAUUACAUUCCUUGGAUUACAUCUAAAUGACAGACACUUUUGUGCAGCAAAAACCACGGCGAACUGAGUGAAAAGAUAACCCAUGGAUUAGGAAAAAUAUUUGCAAAGCAUAUAUCUGAAAAGAGGCUGAUAUCCAUCAUAUAUAAAGAACAGCUAGAACUAAACAACAAGAAACCCAAAGCAUCCCAUCAACAGUGGUCAGAAGACUCGAGUAGACGUGUUCCUAAAGAAGAUAUCGUAAUGGCCAAUAAGCAUCUAAAAUGAUGUUCAAAAUCACUCAUUAUAGGGAAGCGCAAAUCAAACCAAGAAUGUGACACCACACAUUAGGAUGGAUAUGAUAAACAAACAGGCAUUGGUGAGACUAGAGGGAAGUAGCGAUGACUGAAUCUGAUCGGAGGGAAUGUAAAACCGUGAAGGAACGGGGAAAAUAGUAUGACGUCUACUGGAAAAAUUAGAAACAGAAUGAUCGGAUGUUGCCGCCGUUGCAUUUGUGGGUACCUACCAAAAAGAAUUACAAGCCAGGAGUGGAAGACAGAUUUGUGUACACCCAUAUUCAUAGCAGCAUUAUUCACAAAAGCCAAAAUGUGGAAGCAACCCAAGGGUUCGUGGACAGAUGAAUGAAAAAGCACACUGCAGUUCCUUCACACAAUGGAAGACUAUUCAGCCUUCAAAAGGUAGGCACUUCUGGCCGGUGCGGUGGCUCACGCCUGUAAUCGCAGCGUCUUGGAAGACCGAGACGGGCGGAUCACCUGAGGUCAGGAAUUCAAGACCAGCCUGGCCAUCUUGGUGAAACCCUGUCUCUACUGAAAAUGCAAAAAAUGAGAUGAGCAUGGUGGCGUGUGCCUAUAGUCCCAGCUACUCGGGAGGAUGUGGCACAAGAAUCGCUGGAACCCGGGAAGCGGAGGUGAGCCCAGAUUGUGCCACUGUACUCCAGCCUGUGCGACAGAGUGAGACUCCAUGGAAACACAAAACAAAACAAAGUCAAACGAACAAACAAAAAACAAAAAAAAAAAAACAGACAGGCACUUCUGACGCAGGCCGCAACAUGGAUGAACCUUGAAGACAUUAUCGUCAGUGAAAUAAAUAAAUCCCAAAAGGUUAAACAGGCCCAGGCUCAGUGGCUCGCACCUGUAACACCAGCACUUAGGGAGGCUGAGCCAGGCGGAUCACUUCAGGUCAGGAGUUCAAGAGCAGCCUGGCCAAUAUGGUGAAAGCUCUUCUCUAUUAAAAAUCCAAAAAUUAGCUGGGCGUGGUGGCGCACGCCUGUAAUCCCAGCUACUUGGGAGACUGAGACACAAGAAUCGCUUGAACCCACGAUGUGGACGUUGCAGUGAGCCGAGAUCACGCCACUGCACUCCAGCCUGGGUGACAGAGAAAGACUCUGUCUCCAAAACAAAAAAAUUAAACACAGUAUGAUUCCACUUAUCUAUCAAGUGUCUAGAGUAGUUAAACUCAUAGAGUUGCAAACUAGAAAGGUGGCCGCCUGGGGUGGGCAAGAGAGAGGAAUGGAGAGCUUGGUGAAUGGGUGGAAUUUCCAUUUUGAAAGAUAAAACUGUUCCGGAGACGAUGGCGGUGAUGGUUGCUAAACAAUAUGAACGUACUUAAUGUCAUUAAUCUGUAAACUGAAAAACAGUGGAAAUUGUAAAUGUUUAUACUGGCCAUUCUAUAUGAACUUAUAUAUAUUUAUAAUUUUUAAUAUUUAUACGUGGUAUAUUUUCCGAUAAUAAAAGAUGAAAAUUAAAGCAGUCGGAUGUUUAAAAAGAAAAGAAAGAAGCGAAGAAUACACACCAGCUUUCUCCUGAUUAGAGGAGGAGCCCCAAAGCUUCUAUAGACACUCACUUUUCUCUUCUUCUUCUUGCAUUAUUAUGAGGAAAUCCUUAGAGGUUGGGGAACUUGGGAGACUUUGGCUAAUGAGGAGCUCUGUGCCUCAGCCCCCCAGGCCACAGAAUAGUAAAUACUCAGUCUGUGCCUCCAGCCCUGCAGUGUGAGGUUGCAGUCCUGUGGGCUCCACAGCCGUCACCUGUAUCAGGAGGCUCAUGUCUCACCCUGUCUUCUUGCCAGCCCUGAGGACGCAGUCUGAGCCUCCACGGUGCACCACGCAGGGAGGACAGUGGACCUGUUCUCCGUGGUCAUGUCCCAGCAGAGGGGAGAGGCAGUUCAGUGAGUGUAGGGAAAAGAAAGAGAGAUCAGACUCUUACUGUGUCUAUGUAGAAAGGAAAGACAUAAGAGACUCCAUUCGGAGAAAGACCUGUACUUUCAACAAUUGCUUUGCUGAGAUGUUGUUAAUGUGUAGCUUUGCCCCAGCCACUUUGACCCAACCUGAAGUUCACAAAAACAUGUGUUGUAUGAAAUCAAGGUUUAAGGGAUCUGGGGCUGUGCAGAACGUGCCUUGUUAACAAGAUGUUUCCAAGCAGUAUACUUUGUAAAAGUCGUCGCCAUUCUCUAGUUUCAAUAAACCAGGGGGACAAUACACUGUGGAAAGCCGCAAGGAGCCCUGCCCUUGAAAGCAGGGUAUUGUCCAAGGUUUCACGCCAUGUGAUAGUCUGAAAUAUGGCCUCAUGGGAUGAGAAAGACCUGACCGUCCCCCAGACCGACCCCCGUAAAGGGUCUGUGCUGAGGUGGAUUAGUGAAAGAGGAAAGCCUCUUGCAGUUGAGAGAGAGGGAGGCCGCUGUCUCCUGCCUGCCGCUGGGAACUGAAUGUCUCGGUAUAAAACCCGAUUGUACAUUUGUUCAAUUCUGAGAUGGGAGAAAAACCGCCCUAUGGUGAGAGGCGAGACAUGUUUGCAGCAAUGCUGCCUUGUCAUUCUUUACUCCACUGAGAUGUUUGGGUGGAGAGAAACAUAAAUCUGGCUUAGGUACACGUCCGGUCAUAGUACCUUCCCUUGAACUUCAUUAUGACAUAGAUUCUAUUGCUCACAUGUUCGUUGCUGGCCUUCUCCUUAUUAUCACCCUGCCCUCCUACUACAUUCCUUUUUGCUAAAAUAAUAAUCAAUAAAAACUGAGGGAACUCAGAGGCCUGUGCCAGUGCAGGUCCUUGGUAUGCUGA